CAGCACCUUGCAGAUCUGAGGCCCGUCUCCGACGCCAACCUCCUAAUAUUUUCAAGGGCUGCAGGUGUAUUUGUAUCAUGAAGAUGACAUCCGACAACCUAUUGACACGUGAGGUUUGGGAGGGAAACUUGGAUGAAGAGUUGGCAGUAAUCAGAGAAAUUAUUGACGACUUCCCGUUUGUCGCUAUGGAUACAGAAUUUCCAGGCGUGGUAGCGCGGCCAGUAGGCAACUAUAAGUUGCAGUCAGAACAUCAGUACCAAACACUCAGAUGCAACGUUGACAUGCUCAAGAUUAUCCAGUUAGGGUUGACUUUGACGGAUGCAAGGGGCAAUCUUCCACUGAUAGGAAACUUUUACUGCCUGUGGCAAUUUAAUUUUAGAGAGUUCAAUCUCAAAGAAGACCUGUAUGCACAAGACUCGAUUGAGUUAUUAAAGCAUUCCGGAAUAAAUUUCCAGGCAAAUCAUGAACGGGGAAUAGACGUGCAUAGAUUUGGUGAAAUGCUCAUGGUCAGUGGUGUUGUCUUGAGUGACAAGGUUAAAUGGCUAACGUUUCACAGCGGCCAUGAUUUCGGUUAUCUACUCAAGAUUUUGACCUGCCAGCCACUUCCAGAGGCUGAGUCUGAUUUCUUUUAUGUACUGAGCAUCUAUUUUCCCUGUAUUUUUGACAUAAAAUAUCUCAUGAAGUUCACAGAUAAUCUGCACGGUGGUCUUAGCAAGCUCGCAGAACAACUUGAUGUAGCUCGCAUAGGUCCACAGCAUCAGGCAGGAAGUGACAGCCUCCUCACAGCUUGUGCUUUCUUCAAGCUGAAACAAACGUAUUUUAUUGAGAGUGGGUUGGAACAGUAUAUCGGAGUACUGUAUGGUCUAGGGAACGAUGCAGAAAGCGAUCCACAGCGACCACACACAGUUCAUGCGUAAAUGCACCAUUGAGCUUAUAGAAAUAUCAUUUCAUGACGAAUAGAUAUAGUAGUGAGACGUGCGAAAAUACUGACCCAGUGUAUGGUAACAUGAGGAUUACUCAACCAAAUUUGACUUAGAGCGUCACGCCCUCGCUUAGAACGACGAAAUGAAGUCGACCCUUUUUCCCCGUUAGUAAAUCAAGUUAUUUUGCAAUCUUCACCUUGAAAGUUAACCUGAGCAUGCGUUGUGUUCUUUGCAUGUGCGAAGAAUCCUGACCGCGCGCCAACGUACGGCGGUUCUUUUCAUAUUGGUGCAGUGAGUGAAAACAUUUGUUCUAGAAGACUUUUUGACUCCGAAGUCCCGAGUCGCUAUUUUUUAAUAUUUACAAAAACGACUAUCG